ACAGAAAAGCUGAUUGACUGGUAGCUCAAGAAGCAAGAAAGAAAGAAAGAAAGAGACAUAUAGAGAGAGAGAGAAAGAAAGAGAGGAGAAGAAGGUCGAAGUUGGUGUCUUAUUUUUCCACAUGCCGGUUGAAUUAGAUGAUUACUCAACGGUUUCCGGCGAUGCAAGCGUCUCCUCGACCGGAAACCAAAACCAAAACACACCUGCUCCACAAUCCCUCUCCAAGAAGAAACGUAACCUCCCCGGAAUGCCUGAUCCAGAAGCGGAGGUGAUAGCUUUGUCACCAAAAACUCUCAUGGCGACAAACAGAUUCGUAUGCGAAAUCUGCAGCAAAGGGUUUCAGCGAGACCAGAACCUCCAGCUUCACCGUCGCGGUCACAACUUACCCUGGAAGCUUCGUCAGAGAUCGAGCAAAGAAGUGAAGAAGAAAGUCUAUGUUUGUCCUGUCUCUGGCUGUGUUCAUCACGAACCCUCACGUGCUCUUGGGGAUCUAACGGGGAUCAAGAAACACUUUUGUCGGAAACACGGGGAGAAGAAGUAUAAGUGCGAGAAAUGCUCAAAGAGUUACGCUGUUCAAUCGGAUUGGAAAGCUCAUUCCAAGAUUUGCGGCACCAAGGAGUAUCGAUGCGAUUGUGGAACUCUCUUUUCGAGGAGAGAUAGUUUCAUAACGCACAGAGCUUUCUGUGAUGUGUUGGCUGAGGAGAGUGCCAAGAAGAAGCUUUAUCCUGAAACAUACACAAGGAAGAAUCAUCUCCCAGAACCUGAGCUCAAAUCUCCACCCGCCGCCCUUGUUGAUUCUCCUCCGUCGGUUGCUCUAGUUCCUGCACCAGCUGUUUCUGUUGAGACUGAGCCUGAGCAUGACGAGACUGAAACUGCCAAUAUCGCAUCCUCCUCGGUUUUGCCGAUUCGUGAUUCUUCAGAAUCUCCAGAAAACAUUACUCUUCAAGUCAUUAUGGAGGAAGCUCCGAGAAGGAUCGGUUUGAAUGGGAGCAAUGAUCACAACAGUAACAACAACAAGAGCGUGUACGCAGGCUUGUUUGCAUCAUCAUCGACAGCUUCGCCUAGUUUAUAUGCUGCUUCCUCUUCAACUCCUCCUCCAAGUCUAUACCCACCAUCUUCCUCCAUCGAACCUAUAUCUCUCUGUCUCUCCACGACUACUCCAUCUCUGUUCGGAGCAACAAUACAAGAUCCACCACCACCACAUUUCCUAACCCCUAUGAGUCUUCCUCCUCCUCAACCAGCAAUCUCAGCGACCGCAUUGCUCCAAAAAGCUGCCCAAAUGGGCUCCACUGGCUCAGGUGGUUCGUUGCUUCGCGGGUUAGGCAUAGUGUCAACUACUUCUUCACCUAUGGAACUCAGCAGCAGUCACGAUACUGGGUUUGGUCUUGGCCUUGGACUACCUUGUAGUAGCGGAACGGGUCUGAAAGAGCUAAUGAUGGGGAACUCUUCCGUGUUUGAUCCAAAGCAGACAACACUCGACUUUCUCGGGUUGGGAAGAGCUGUUGGUAAUAAUAAUCCGGGUGGUGGUGCUCUGUGGGGAGGUGGUGGUGGAAUGGAUGUGUUUGGAAGUGGGGAGUUAUCAGACAAAGACAUUAGUAGAAGGAGUUCCUAAGAGAGACAUGAAAGUAGUAGAAGAGUAGUGUUAUUAGGUUUUUCAAAGUAUUGUAUCAAAUUUAAGUAAUCUUAUUAUAGUGAAAGCUUGCAGUGUU